AUGAUGUUUUUAAACGAAUUGAAACCAUCCGAUGUUCGACUGCUACACCUUGGCAAAUCCUCUCCGGUCGAGGUCUACACGGACUAUGGAUGUUUGGAGACACAGGGCAAGCAAUGGGCGUGCAUCUCCGGUCUACCAGCCAUGGGGGCCAUGGCUAUUGAGAGGGGGGGGUAG